AACCUCACUUAUUGCUUUGAUAAACAUACAAAAGGAGUAUAUGAAAAUAAUUGCUCAAAAUGGCAAGUAUCUUGACUAAGAAAGUGUUGAGUGAUGAAAUAAAUGUAGGUGAUUUUUUGAAGUGGUUGGAAGAAUUGCAUAUCGAGAACACAAAGUACCAGGAAUUGAGUGAAUUAUGUUCCCAGAAGGAUUUUGUUACAUAUUUUCUCAACUCACUCCAUGAGCUUUCUACAAGAGAUCAAUCAUCAGAAUUACCUACAAAAUCUAAAAUUCGAAAUAACUCCAGUGAUAAUUCUAGAAUAAAUCGUUCUCUAUUCAAUGGAUCACAUGCACAACUCAACACAACAAUUAACUCAUCUCACUCUUCGCAAAGUACACUUAAUUCGACUUGCACUACAAGCACUCCAAAACAUAAUAAAUCACUAAGUUUUGAUAAGAAUUAUUCUCCAAUUCACACAAACUCAAUACAAGGAAAUACAUCUUCAAAUAAGAAUUAUUCUCCAAUUCACACAAACUCGAUACAAGGAAAUACACCUUCAAAUGGUUCCUCUUUCUGUUUGGGAGAUUUCAUUGUUAAAAGCAAAAAAAAUAGUUCGAAGAAAAAAUCGAAUAAGAAAGCAAACACUACCUCUGACGUAGUGGAUAAUAAAACUUUCAAGAAACUCAAACCGACAAAUUUGAAUGAUAGUAGGUUCAACUCAAUAGAUCUCAAAAGUGGAAAUUCUUACAAUUUCCAAAAUAAUAUAGAAGAAGUUUCCCGAGAAAGUGUGAACCGCGAUUUCAUGACGAGGGAAAUAUCUUAUUCUAAGAAUAAGAGGAUGGACAACAAUGUUCGGGAAUUAUCUCAUUCUAGGAAUAAGAGAACAGAAGAUGAUGCUUGUGAAUUAUCUAGUGAAAAACCUGGAAGGAAGAUCAACAAAGAAAAAAAUACAAAUCCAAAAAAUGUUAGAUACAAAAAAGAAAUCGAGAAGAUAGCUACUAUUUAUGAGUUUUUAUUGAAAAAUGGUUUAGUUCUCAGUUUGGCUGGAGAGCUGUAUUUUAUUAUAACUUUAGUUGCAAGCAAAAGUUUCUGUGAUAUAGAAUGUGAUGAAGAUGAUAUAUCUUAUGAAGGUGUUAAGUUUGAUGUGAUUUUUAAUAAUUCAGACAGAAUCACUCUUUUUGCUUCUUUUGUGUUAGAAAGAGUGUUUUAUUUACUGAAAUCUCUAGAUAAAAACACAUUGAGAUACUUAUGUGAAAAUGAAGGCAUCAAAACAUACUCACCGCAGUUGAUCGAAAAACUUGAGGCACUAACAGAGGAAAAAGCAGAAUGUAACUUGAAUUUGUACAGUUCUAAUGGAAAAAACAAUAUAUGCUUCGUUUUGGAGACAGAUAACCAAAGCAAUUUCCCAUCAGAUGGAUCUUUCCAAGGUUUUAAAAAACAGAGAGAUAUGUUUUAUGAAAUUUUGAGAUUAUGGGAGAGUAAUCACAUGCAACCUCACUGGGACUUUGAUUUAUCUCUGGGGAAGAAGGUGAGAAGUCUUGUCGCUUACCACAAUGACUCUGUGAAUUUUAUGAGGCUCUCUAGGCUUUUUAUGGAACAAUUGCUGAAUGCAUCCAGCAAUAAGGGGUCAAGCAGCGACAAAAAUUCUGACCUGCUUUCAUCUUUUUCCAACUUGGACAAAGCCAAAAUCGACAGGUUAAAGAACAGACUGAUGAAAAAAACCACUAACGGAAUCAACAGCGCUCCGGAUUUCUGCGGGUAUCAAGAAUUUUUCAGAAGUUUCAUUGUAUCAUCGAACAAUCCAAUCUUUUUGAGACACUUGUGCAACGUUUUCAUUUCUGAAAUUGUAGAAUUGAAUGGGACAACUUUCGAUAUCUUGGACACUGGAUCAGACGAGAGCGAAACAGAGUUCGACACAAAAAAGGCUUUUGUGUCGUGCCUGAAAUCGUUGAAGACGUUGGCGAAAUUUUUGGGUUAUAUCGAAUCGAUGCCUUACAAAAAUGAUAAUACUUAUUCAUUAGAACUGAUGACAUUCCAAAUCAAGAUUCGCAAUCAGGUAAAUCCGAACUUGAACAUACAAAAACUGCUUGAAGAUUCAAUAUGUUCGGGAAGUCUCACCCUUCUGGUCCCUUGGCUCUGUGAAUAUCUCUCCAUGUUGGAUACGGUUACUUUAAGAACGAAAUAUUACACUGAAGUCAUCCACAGUAUGAUCAAUUUGUACAGAAGUUUUGUCCGGAACGAUGCAAGUCUCCCUUUCUAUAAUUCCCUGUUGAUUAAAUUCUCCUUAGGAUGGUUUUUCGAGCUGAAUAACUUCCCUCAACACAUUUUCUUCGAAAAAUUGAAUGAUAACAGGUCAAAAGUUCAAAGAUGUAUCGGUCUUGACCGACUUAGCAUUGUCGACAACAAUAUAUUGUAUAUUUUUUGCCCUUUUCUUGAAGAAUUCAGAAAAUUGGUCGCCAACGAGACCACUGUCAAAGAUCGUAUAACAUCUCGACAUAUAACCCCUUUGAGUAAAGUAGAAUCCGCUAAAGAAUCAAUCAAGAAGAAAAUUGAGAAAUCACAGGUGCAACUCGAAGAGACAUUCUUCAAUGGCCAUCCAAGUUCUCUGAAGAAAACAGUUGAUUUUGUGGCUGAGAGAGUUGCAUCGACCUGCGUUAAGCACCUGUGUUACACUGUUGUUCCCGAGUAUAAAAAAGACUUCAUCGGACAGUUGAAGACGAAACUGAACGAAUGUUUUUUGGAAUCAAGAACGAAUGAGGCUGAAUUGCAAAGUAGAGGUACAAGAUUAGCAGAAGAAAAUAUGAGUGUUUUGAGGACUUUAUGUGACAAAGAAGUGAAUAAAAUUAUUGAGAGUAGAAUCAGGACUUCGAUCAUAGCGUUGUUGCCAAUGGACUACUUGCCCCAAAUGCAGAAUAUUUGUGUUUCCGCAGGAGAACGGAUGUGCCAGGAGAAAGUGCAACAGUGGGCAUCCACACAUAUCGUUAUAGGCCUUUUGAUGAAGGAAGUAAGAGCAGAAAUCAGGAAUCUCGUGGAAUCUGCUAAUAAUAUAGGAAAAACAAAGCCAUCCUAUGCUUUACCACCUAGCGGUAAUGAUAUUAUACAUGACCAAAGCGCAGAAACUGGACCACAUACCCUCAAUGAGAUAAGGUACAUAACGGCAUGUCUGUUAACCAAUCCGAAAGGAAUUCCAAAGGAAAAAGUAAUCGAAAUCCUGAGUGAUGUUCAUAAGACUGUAACAGCACGGUGCGAUCUCAAUGAAAUGGUCAUUGUAAUGCUCUGUUCCCAACUCAUCGAUUUGAUGAUGCUCAUGGUUUCAUGUCAACCAUCGACGUUUCUGGCCACAAAAGAAUAUUUCUUGAAAAUAUGGAAACUGAACGUGGACAAAUCGAACGAGCUGUUCGAAGGUUUGAUCAGCUUGAAAAAUUUCAAAGUUAUCAAAAAGUACGGUAAAGUUGAGGAAUCUCUGAGCGUUAAAGCGAAGAUUUGCGUGGACCUCAUAAUGGAAAACCUCAUAACGUGCCAAUAUUUCGAAUACCAGUGCAUGGGAUUGUUCAAGAACGAGUUAGACGGUGACAUCUUGAAAGUCGUGACUUUAUUUUUCAAGAAAUUCGUUGACGCAUACAAGGAACGAAGCAAAUCCAGCGAGUUCACCUAUUUGUUAGAAUUUUUAUCCGACUAUUGUAUUGACCUGUGAAUAAUUCGAUGGAAAAAUGAUCUAGUUUAAUGUUAUUUAUUACCCGUAUAUGUUAUUUGAAAUUUUAUUCUUUGUACACGUGAUCGCUUAUUUCGUAAAAUAAAUUUUAAAAUUUU